CGGCGGGGCCGAUGGAUAUACAGCCAGCCGCCUCCGGGCCGGGGGCGAGGUCGCCGCCUGGCCCGGGGGAACGGCUAGGGCUGCGGUUAUUUUUGGCCUUUUGCGUGGAUGGCUUCAGAGGUCCUCCAAGAAUAGGAACUUCUCCUUCUGCAAGAACAGUACCCUUUUUGCUUGCAAAAUGACUGCCUCAAAAUUGUCCCUCUAGAAAAGAAGGAAGAUCCAAGUCAAACUGGACAAGCAAUGAGCUGUAAGAACUCCUUUUCAACAGAAUGAAGUGGAAUUCAACUGACUUCUCUUGUGCACUACUGAGACGAAAUGACAUUCAUGUUUGUGGUGAAUGGAAGUCAUGGCAGUGCCUAACAUGGGAGGGAGAGGCAUGAGUGGACAAUGUGGCGUGACUCAUUCAGAUUGCAGAUCUUCUGCCUGCUUAUGGCAGUGCUGGCUAUUGUGGUGCUGGUCCACAAUUUUUUUCAGUUAGAGCACCUGGAUGAUGACACAGUUUCAGGAUCAAAUUGGAUAACAGAAAACAAUGUUGAGCAUUCUCUAUCACAGACAACCAAAACUACCAGGAAGCCUUACUGUGGUUAUAAGCAGCAGACUUUGUCCAAAAGGGAACAAGUGGAGCAGGAAUCAUUGCUUGCUGCAAUACAGUGGCCGAAGUCACCUGAUGGCAAAAUUGCCUUUGUGCAAAGCACUGAUCCCACGCGUAGUGACUUUGUGAUUGUGAAACCCAACGGGUUCUUCCAGGUGGGUGAUCAGUUAGAGGUGCUUGUUCGUAUGAAGGAUUUCCAAGGAAAACCUAAGCAAUAUGGUGGCGACUAUCUACAGGCACGAAUUCACUCUCCUCUGCUGAAAGCUGGAGCAACAGGAAGGAUUGUAGAUUGCCACAAUGGCCUUUACAAAGUCUUCUUUACCUUGUUUUGGCCAGGGGAGGUCAAAGUUUCUGUAUCACUUGUCCAUCCUAGUGAAGCAAUCCAAGUCCUCCUGCGUUUACGAGAAGAAAGGCCCGACAGGGUAUAUUUCAAAAGCUCGUUCAAGUCUGGGAGGUAUUCAGAAACUACUGAGUGCAAUAUUUGCCUGUCUGGGGAUCUCCCUGUCUGUAACUUCACAGAUCUCUACACGGGUGAGCCAUGGUUCUGUUACAAGCCUCGAAAACUCCCCUGUGCCAGCCGAAUCAGCCACGCCAAGGGUGGAUAUCAAAAAGGUCUUCUGACACGAGAGGAAAGCCUCUUUUUCCAAAGUGAUGUGAAUAUCAAAAGGCCGAUACUCUCCAGUGGACCUGAUUCGGUGAUUGUAAAGCCCAAGGCAUUUACAGAUUCAAGCAGUAUGGACAGAGCUGAAGAUUCCACAGAUUCCCCUUCUGGCUAUUAUUAUGAAGAUCAGUGGAGGUCCAGAACACACUGGAUCCAUCAUUUUAACAAGUCAGAUGAUAUAACCAAGUGCUUACAAGGAAAAGUAAUCCAUUUGUUUGGAGACUCUACAAUAAGGCAGUGGUUUGAAUACCUGACAGCAUUUGUUCCAGAUCUAGUGGAAUUUAACCUGGGGAGUCCUAAGAACGUGGGGCCUUUCAUGUCUGUGGACCUGAAGCACAAUAUCCUACUGAAGUUCCGCUGUCACGGGCCACCCAUUCGCUUCUCCACAGUCUUUAGCAGUGAACUGCGUUACAUUGCCAAUGAACUGAAUGGCAUAGUGGGUGGGAGAAACACGGUGAUAGCCAUAACUAUAUGGUCGCACUUCAGCACUUUCCCUGUGGAAGUGUAUAUCCGACGGCUGAGAAACAUUCGGAGAUCAAUUAUUCAACUGCUGGAUCGCAGUCCCAAGACUUUAAUAAUCAUCAGAACUGCUAAUGUUCAGGAGCUUGGGCCAGAAGUGAGCCUCUUUAACAGUGAUUGGUAUUCCUUUCAGCUUGAUUCUGUCAUGAGGAAAAUGUUCUCAGGAAUUGCUGUGCACUUUGUGGAUGCUUGGGAGAUGUCUCUGGCUCACUACCUGCCACAUAACUUGCACCCAAAAGAAGUAAUUGUUAAGAAUCAAAUAGAUACAUUUUUAUCUUACGUGUGCCCUUUGCAAACUUAGCACAAGUAAGUAUCCUUAUGUCAUCUUUUUCUAUAGCUGAAGUAAAGUUGCUCUUUGUCAGAGCAAUCGAAGUAGGCUGGAUGGUAUGGAAGAACUCUGGUUUUUGUACUUGCAUGCAGUAUGAGUGGGCGGCCUUAACUCUGGGUAGCUGUGAAGCGUGGUAGAGUUGAUUGUUCAGGCCAUAUCUUCCUGCAAGGCUGAUUCCUGUCAACCUUAUCAUUUGUAUCUGAGAUUAUUAGAGAGCACUUUAAAUUAAAUUGACAGGAUUCAAUAAGAAAUUACAUGGGUUAUUAGCUUUACUAGUUGUCUGCACUGUAUGCUUAAUCCAUAUGACACUGAUUCUGUUGUCAGUCUAGCUGCUCAGAACUGUGUGUGACGCCUGGGAAAGAUUCUGGGAGUGAUCUUUCAGAGUUUGAGGGACAUCGCUCUCCAGCUGUAUGUCAGAGAAGCACAGUGUCUGUUUGUGUUUCAAAGUCCUAAUUAGAAACAUGAAGUGAGUGUACCAAAAUCACUAAUGUCAAUCAGGGAAGCACAAUCAAAAUAACUAUAGUAUUACAUCAUCACGAAUUUGCUGAAAUGUAAUAGAGCACACUAGUUAGGCAACCUUGGUGUUUAUAGAUGGCUGCUAAAUAAUGCAAAUAGCCAGUAUUUUAGCUUGAUAUCCUGUACUACUGAAUCUCUUCUGAGCUUUGACACACCGUCUACUUCUUGAUUUAUCUGUAAUGGAGAAAUGUGUAUAUUAUGACCUCAGAGAAGACACUGUCUCAGGAGUUUCUGCAAGUUCAAGUUGCAGGCUCACUUACUUGAAGCUUGAAGCAUUUACUAAUAAAAGUGUUUCCCUUCCCUGUAAGAUAAAGCUCUUCACUUAUGUUCCUGUGAAGCAUCAUUCAUAUGUUGUGUCUGUGUGGAGAAGCUAAGUGAUGUGAAUACACUUGAUGAUGUCUGGCAAAUGGGUAACACUAACUGGCACGCACUAGUGUCCAGGCCAUGCUGUGAUGCCCCUUCUGAUUUAUUCAUGAGCUUCACUGCUGCCAAUAUAAAAGUUCAAAAAAAUCGCACCCAAAAGCCAAGCACACAGAGGGUUGCCCUUCAUACAGGUGCUUGGCAAAUAUCUGUGGUUUUGCUGGUGUGAAAGCUGGUGGCUCUUGGGCCUUUUGGCGUGAUGGUUUCUGCUGCUCACUUGAUUGAGCCUGUCUAUAGCUUUAGCUCAUAGCACUUUGAAAAUUCAGCCCCUAAGUUAAGCAGCAGUGUUCCAUGAUGUCUUAUUUCUGGACGCACUCAGGCCAUAGCUUGUCUUUACCAUUUGCUUUACUGAGAAAUGUGUCAGAACAGUAGAGGAGUGCUUCUGAAGCAGCUCAUCAUGCUUAAGGAGAAUAUGAAAGCUGAGUCUUUGUGAGCAAACUGAGAAGAUUAAUGAGGCAAAUUGGUAGGUGGCCCAGAGUGGCAUAAUUGAAAUGUCUUCAUAUUAGAAACAUUUUACUCUUUGCCAGGUUUGCUGCUAUGUUAGGAAGGUUGUGUUCUUGUUGCUGGAGCACCAAGAGAGCUACUGCUACUAACUACAGGAACGGUGUUUUUAUUUUGUUUAUUUUAAAGGACAGCUGAGAACUGUUUUAAAAACAAAUGUAAAUGCUUUUAGGAUGUAAGAGUCUGCCAAUAACAUCCAUCUAGAAACUUACCAAUUUUAUAAUGUUUAAAAAUUACUGGAGUCGCAUACACUGAAAUAGCAUUUUUACUUAGCUUUUCACAUUAGAAUUAAGGAGGUCCAAUUUGCCAGUUCCUACUGACAACUGCUUCACAUAGUAUUUGUCCAUACAUUAGCUUUAGGUAACUAUUUUUUACUUUAAUGUGUUCAUGGAAAUUUAUCCUCUGCUAAAAGGAAACCACAGUAAUUCAGGUCUGGGAAGGUAAACCACCACAAUGCAAAAUGACUUUUCAUCUUUUCUAGAUGUGUUUUUUUUUUUAAAUAGGUAGAGUAGAACGCUUUCAUCCUGAAUAACAAAUCUAUACAAAUAAUGUUAAUGAAAAUAAGACUUCAAACUUUUACUUUGAAGGAAACUACUUGAUUUGUGGACUAACCAUUUGGUUUUCCUCAUAAAGCCAUUAUCAUGUG